AUGGCCUCUCCUGCUCUCAGCGCAAGCUCAUACUCGUCGCAUUCGUCGCACUUAUCAAGACCAUCUCUAUCUCUGGAUAUGAGCAAAAUCCCCCAACUUUCUCAACCCACACCACCAUCAAACACCCUCCUAAUCACCGACCUCAACGACCUGCUGGUCUUCCAACCAUCCGCCCUCGAGGAAAUUCGCACACUGAUCACUUCCGUGGCCGUCCUCAACUCAUUCUCGCCUCUACCCUCCCUACGCCGCAUCGUCUGCUCCUUCACCACCACCGAAGACGCAACCGCCAUCCGCAAACUCCUAGAUGGCCAAUCCCUCCUCAAUCGCGUGCAUCCAAGAAUCUACUUCGGCGAACCAACUCCACUCAACGACCGUCCCAAGCUCCUCGAAGCACCCCAGGUCUCAAAGCUGUUCUUCAUUUCCCCGCCUCCCAGCCCGCCCCACGGCUGGGUCCUGCGCAACGAGGACCCGCCCAACAAAGAGGUUCAUGCUUCGGAUCUCGCUCAUGCCCUGUCAAUGCUGAAGACAGAGCCGAAGGAAGAUCCCGCUACACCGGUUUCGAUCUCGGAUGAGAAGCGCACACCCAGUUGGCCGGUGGAGGGCCCGCGGAGUCGGAGCAGCACCAUUAUCUAUCACCCUGAUACGCAUGGCGAUAGCCCGAACCUGCCGGCUGUCAUGGUGGAGGAUAUGAGCUUGAAUUUGAAUGUUGAGGAUGUCGAUAUGGAUGAGAUGAGUCCCAUUGAGAUGUCGGUCAAGUCUAUGCCUCCCAAGACUUCCCGGCCACCUGUUGAAUUGAUGUGA